AACAGACAGAAUACUAUUCCCAACCAACAUCUCAGUCAUCUCUAGCACUUCACAAUGACGAGUGAGCUGAAGAUCUCCGCGGAAGAGCCAAAUUGGUCGGCUUUGCCGCUUGAGCUUUUGAAUACGAUUGGCUGCCGUUCAACCAAGCUGAAGGAUUUCAUCCGAUUUCGGGCAGUUUGCAAGCGCUGGAGACAGGCUCUCGCUUCGUCGAGAUUCAGGCAAUCUAUCCCUUGGCUUAUGCUUCCCUAUUGCCGCAACAACAGCCCUUAUGCCGCAUCAGCCAGGGUUGGGUGUACUACAAGUACCGAUUGCUGUAGGUGUUUCUACGAUGUCGAGGAGCAACAAUUUCACCACAUUGAGUCACCUCAGGGUUUGAACAAAACCUGUCGUGGCUCCGAUUUCGGGUGGGUGUUCAUGAUGGAAAGUUCGCCAUCAUUGUCAUUACUCAACCCUAUCACGAAUGAUAACAUCUCUCUGCCCCCAAUCACCGCUUUCCCUGAUGUGUUGGAGUUUCGCCCCGAGCAUGUCGGGAUAGAAUACUUGCAUCUAGAUUGCCAAGGGUUGCGAGUAGCAGAGGGGAAGAAGAGAAUUGAGCGUCACUAUAUAUCCAAGGUUUCCUUUUCGACUGAACCCACCAUGAAGGAAUGUGUUGUGAUGGUCAUCCGCACGGGUCGUAAUUAUACCCUAGCGUUUUGCAAGCCUUAUGAAGACCAGAAAUGGACGGUGAUUCCUCCUGGGGACGACCGUGAUCUACCAAAAUUGAAUGCUUUCACGGAUGUUGUGUUUUGGAAAGGUCAAUUUUAUGCCCUUGUUCAAGAUGGGAGAGUCUAUGUUUGUGAUCUUUCUCUCCAAGAUUGUCCAAGGCUGUCGUUGUUUAUUGAUGCUCCUCAGGCCAAUGCUUACCAUAACUACUUAGUAAUAAGUCCCACCAAUGAUGAGUUGAUGAUGGUGACUAGGUAUCUAAGGUUUCCAGAAGAAGAAGACCACGAUGAUUGUGAUGAUGAUGACGACGAUGGUGGCAUUGAUAUAGAUGAUGAGUUGAGCAAUGAUGAUUAUGACGACGACCAUGAUGAGUAUGAUGAUGGUGACAAUGAAGUUGAUGAUUAUUGUAGUGAUAGUGAGUCCGAUGACGAAAAUUAUGAUCAUAUUCAGUUGGCCGAUCGUUAUAGAAAGAGAGCAGUGUUUACUGGUGAAUUUAAAGUUUUCAAGGUACAUGAAGAUAGAAGGAGAUGGGAUGAGGUUGGAAGUAUUGGAGAUUUUGCUCUUUUUUUGGGCUACAACACUGCUACUUGGAUUUCCAUCAAAGACCACCCUCAAAUUACUCGUGAUUCUAUUUAUUUCACAGACGAUCUGAAUCAUAGAGAUGAAGUUGCUGACAUGGGUGUUUACAACCUCAGGACUCAAACCAUUAAUCAAUUAUACUCUACUGCCUCGGUUCAUGAAAACCCUUACCUCAUUUCCCCAUUACCUGUAUGGAUCUUACCUUCCAACCAUUAAACCCGCAUGGCCAACAACAAUGAAGGAGAAGGAGUUCC